AUGAUUACUGCGGUAUCUUCGUCACAGGCAUCUUUGGCACUCACAUCUCACUCGGAUUUUGCCAUAACUGUUACAAACAUUGCAGCUGCUACGAAAGUUGGUUUAGAUUUAUUUAAUGUAAUAUCUAAAGUUUCUUUGGAAACUGCCAAAUUUUCAACGAAAGCUGGUUUGGAUAUUGCUCGAACCGUUACUGGUGUAUUAUCCGAAAGAAUGAUACAAGCAACUUCUUUAGAAGGUGUCGGUGGAAGAGUAAUUGGGGCAUCUACAAAUUUAUUACAUCGUACUUUAUCUUUAACUGAACAAAUUGCUCUAACAGGAAUAGAAUUGACUUCUGGAACUGUACAAUUUGCUUUGGGAACUGUUACUGAAAGUAUGACAUUAAUUGAUACUCUAUUUGGAACUAGUGAUACUGCUAAAGCUUUAGCUGAAUUUGUUCAAUUGGUUAAACUAAUUAAAUCAUUAACUGCUUGGGCUGCUCUUCAAUAUGUUACAGGUGAUAAAUGGGAAAGGGAAUUAGGUAGUUGGAAAAAAGUAAAAUUAGUUGAUUUUUGGGAUUUAUGUUAUGAUUGGAAUAUUUUAGUAGGUGAAUUAACUCCACGUGAUGAAGUAUCAGAUUAUCUAUCAUCAAAAACGGACAAUGAUCAUGUGAAACGAUUAAGUGAUCUUUUCAUAGAAACCACCAAAAAAUAUAGUAAUCCAUAUUUAGAAGAAUUUAAAAAUCAAAGUGAAGAUGAAAGAUUAUUCUCUCUUUUACAUAAUCUUAAACGAUAUUCAAAAUUUUCAUCAUCUGCUUAUGAUUUUAAAACAGUUAUAAAAAGUCAUAUCCCAUUUCCUGCUCCUCUUUGGAGACAAAAAGGUACAUUACAUAGAUUUGCAUUUGCCAGUUCAACGGAUUUAUCAUUAGAUUCAAUUGUAGAUUCAUCACAUCAAAAAGUAACUAAUGGAUAUAGUUAUCAACCAACAUAUUUUUUAAUUCGAGAUCACGCCACCAAAUCAAUUAUUCUUGCUUUACGAGGGACAAUGUCAAUUCAUGAUUUAAUUGUAGAUUUAACUUGUGAACAUGAAGAUUUUCAAUUUCCCGAAGAUAUUCAACGAGGUGAUUACACUAAACAUCAAGUACAUAAAGGAAUAUUUAAAGUAGCGAAAUCAAUGGCUACACCAGGACAAUCUGGAGUAUUUGAAGCACUUAAACGAGAAAUGGAAGCAAAUGAUGGAUAUGGAUUAGUAUUAGUAGGACAUUCUUUGGGUGCCGGUGUCGCAAGUUGUUUAGCUCUUUUACUUGCUUCACCUUCAACUUGUAUGACCACACGAUGGAGUCGUUUACCUUUAGGUCGAAGGGUACACGCGUACGCAUUUGCGACACCGUGUGUGAUGUCAGCGGAACUUUCAAAACGAGCUAAAACUUUAGUAACAUCGGUAUGUCAUGCCGAUGAUUUAAUUUGUAGAUUAAGUUUAGGUCACGUAUUAGAUUUACGAAAUAUGGUAAGAUAUUUUGGUAGAAUGGGAAUGGAAGGUGGUGAAGAUAUUGCCAAUAAGAUUAUAAAAAAAGUAAUAGAUUAUCAAUCAAGAUGUUUUAGUAAUGAUGAAAAAGGUCAAACAUCAAAAGCCGAAUAUGAAUCAUGGUUUUGGAAAAUGAGACAAGACAUUAAUUCACAAAUGAAUAAUCCAAAACUUUACCCACCCGGAAAAGUUUAUUGGAUUGAUCGCGAAAACCAGCUUGGUGUAGAGCUUACUGUUGAAGAACGUAACCUUCUUUCAGUGGCUUACAAGAAUGUUAUCGGUGCUCGUCGUGCAUCUUGGCGAAUUAUUUCAUCCAUUGAACAAAAGGAAGAAAAUAAAGGGAAUGAAACCCAAGUUUCGAAGAUUAAGGCUUAUCGUCAAAAGGUGGAAGCCGAACUUUCUGAAGUCUGCUCGGAUAUCCUUGCUGUGCUAGACGGACAUUUAAUUCCGUCUGCUGAAGCCGGUGAAUCCAAAGUAUUUUAUUACAAGAUGAAGGGAGACUAUCAUCGAUAUCUCGCUGAAUUUGCAUCUGGAGAGAGACGAAAAGAAGCCGCAACUCAAGCUCACGAAGCCUAUAAACAUGCAACCGACAUUGCCCAGACUGACUUGGCUCCAACCCAUCCAAUUCGUCUCGGACUUGCUCUAAACUUUUCGGUGUUCUAUUACGAAAUUCUCAAUUCGCCUGAUCGUGCAUGUCAUCUUGCCAAGCAAGCAUUUGAUGAUGCUAUUGCUGAACUUGAUACCCUAAGUGAAGAAUCAUACAAGGAUAGUACAUUGAUUAUGCAGUUGUUGAGAGAUAAUCUAACUCUCUGGACUUCCGAUCUGGCAGAAGAUGCAGAGAAACCAGAAGAAUCUAAACCAGAAGUCGAAGCUGAAGAAGCCAAGUAA